CGCCGGUACACAGAUCCCACUCCCAAACGGCAGUGCCAGCUCAGAUUAGCUCUCAGGCUGAUGACAAAAGGUUGCUCUCCUCUGAUUUGAUUGCUGGGAGGGACGGAGGGAGGGACAGAGAGAACACAGGCGAGUUUCACACAGCACAGCCGUUGCAGCGCAGAGAGCAUCUCCGAAAACACACCGACGUGUGCGCAGAGAGCAGGCGCAGGAAAACAAAGCGGACGAGCACUCCAGACUCCCUGUGCAGCAACAGCACACACCCCAGAUUUCAGAUGGGUCCCGGAUUGUUCUGGAACUUCCCCACCAAGAGUAGCUGUGUGGUUUCGCAGACCCUGCUACAGACAAUGUUGCUUUCCAGGAUGGCUGGCACUAAGGAACAGCAGUUUAUUGAGGAAAAGCCUCUCCUACUUGAAACAAGAGGACAGGAAACAGAGAUGACGAGAGAAGCACGUGUGAAUGCACCACCCCCUGCUGCACCACGCCCCCACACGGCACACCCCGUCCACAGGUGGAAUGAGGUUGCCCGCCAUUGGCUUGGUGUGACACGCCGUCGCCGGACGACCGGGUACAACCUGGAGAACACUGAGGCCUUCGUACCUGUUGGAGACUGGAAGAUGAUUGAAGACACCUGUGACACAAGUGAGCUUCCUAUGGUCUUUAAAGAACAUGACAUCGAGACUCCCUAUGGGAUGCUGCAUGUGGUGGUCCGAGGAGCUCCAAAGAGCAAUAAGCCUGCUAUCCUCACCUACCACGAUGUAGGCCUCAACCAUAAGCUGUGCUUUAAUCCACUGUUCAAUAAUCAGGACAUGCAGGAGAUCACUAAACACUUUGUUGUGUGCCAUGUCAACGCACCAGGCCAGCAAAUCGGUGCCGCUCAGAUGCCACAAGGGUACCAAUAUCCCUCCAUGGACCAGCUGGCAGGCAUGUUAACCAGUGUAGUGCGGCACUUUGGAUUCAAGAGCAUUGUGGGACUUGGAGUUGGGGCUGGUUCCUACAUCCUUGCAAAGUUUGCUCUGCUUUUCCCUGACCUGGUGGAGGGUUUGGUUCUACUCAACAUUAACCCUACUGGUAAAGGCUGGAUGGACUGGGCUGCCACCAAGCUGUCUGGUCUGACCAGUGCCCUUCCAGACAAGGUCUUGACCCAUCUCUUCAGCCAGGAUGAGCUGCUCAGCAACACUGAGCUGGUGCAAAGCUACCGCCAGCAGAUCAACAACACCAUCAACCAGUUUAACCUGCACCUCUUCUUGAACAUGUACAACAGCCGUAGAGACCUGGAGAUGAACAGAAGUGGGACUGUGUUUAAUGCCAAGACUCUGAGGUGUCCUGUGAUGCUGGUUGUAGGGGACAACUCCCCAGCAGAGGAGGGGGUGGUGGAGUGUAACUCCAAGCUGGACCCAACCAAAACCACUUUCCUCAAGAUGGCUGACUCAGGUGGCCUACCACAGAUCACCCAGCCUGGAAAAUUCACAGAGGCUUUCAAGUACUUCCUGCAGGGUAUGGGUUACAUGCCGUCGGCUAGUAUGACCCGGUUGGCGCGGUCUCGGACGGCCUCUCUCGCCAGCGGCGGCUCUGGGGAUGGUGCACGGAGCCAAGUCUGCACGGACUCCGAGAGCAGCGAAGGAGUGGGCCAGCUCGGCCAGACCAUGGAGGUGUCGUGCUGAGCUCCGACCCGUGUGCGCACACACGCACACACACACACA